CAUUACUAUUCAACAUGGCGGAGCCAUCAAAUAUGGCGAAUGAAAAUCAUCAACUUGGCAAUGCAGACCACGGAACUCAACAUCUUAUUCAGCCUUUAAUACAGGUAAACGCCAAUGGUAAUCCAGUUCAAGGUGUACAAUCUCUUAUACAGAUUCCUGUUGGAACACCUCAAGGAAGCCAUAUUCAAAUAUCUACCCAAGAAUUGCAACAACUGCAGCAAGCCUUGACUGUUCAACUCCUUCAACAACAGGGUACAAGUGUCGUCACUCAGCAAACUCAAAGUGCACCCCAAUUGAGUACCACCGUUGCCAACAGCAAUAUUAAUACCACUUCAAAUAAUUCAAACUUAACAGCUGCUUUGCAGGCGGCACAGUUCCAGACGCUACUCGCUGCUUAUCAGCAAGUUCAAGCUCAGCAAUUGCAACAAGACAAUACGCAACAAAAAAUUCAACAACCUUCACUGCAGCAUGCUGUUAAUAUUUUAUCCCCUCAAAAUGCUCAGAAUACUGUCAAUCAGGCGACCUCCACAGUUGGAGUGACCCCAACAAUUGUUCAAGUAACCUCAUCGCCACCCAUAGUACUUUAUUCGAUUCAUUCGAAUCAGCCAAGCAAUACGACGACAACUACUUCCAAUGCCACCGCACAACAACAACACCAACAACACCAGCACCAACAGCAGCAGCAGCAACAACAACAACAACAGCAGCAGCAACAACAGCAGCAGCAACAACAACAACAAAUUCAAUUAGCCUCCGUAGCGGCCCAGCCAUCGCAAGGCCAGCAGUUUUUACUUAUUCAACCACCUGGUGGCGCACAACCGCAACUUGUUCUCGCCACUCAACAAGUUAUCAACGCUGUACAGACCGUCCAACAGGCAUCCCAAAUGGUCUCUUCGACUCAAUCAAACACACAGGCAACACCAGUCGCUGUUCUGCCAACAACACCACAACAGACACCAGCCUCUCCAUCUACUCCCAGCUCUUUAAGGAAUCUACCUCCGGUAGAAGAGAACAUUGAUUUAGAAGAACUUGAGCAAUUCGCAAAACAUUUUAAAAGGCGGCGAAUUGAACACGGUUAUACCCAAGGAGAUGUUGGAAUCGCUAUGGGAAAAAUGUAUGGGAAUGAUUUUUCCCAAACAACCAUUUCCCGAUUUGAAGCUCUUAAUUUGAGUUUUAAGAAUAUGUGUAAAUUAAAGCCAAUGUUACAGAAGUGGUUACAAGAUGCCGAAGCUCUGAAAACAGCUCAGUCUGUUCAAAUAGCCAAUCAGAAUCAGCAAAAUAAUGUAGUUAGUAUGGAUGCUGAUCAGCAAAAUGCCGUCUUUCUUCCUGUAUCAAGGAGGCGGAAAAAAAGAACGAGUAUCGAUACAGCAGCCAGAAUUUCUCUAGAGAAGCACUUUAAUGGAAAUCCGAAACCUACUGGUGAACAAAUUCAACAAAUAGCUGAUCUUCUUGGUAUGGAGAAGGAAGUAGUCAGAGUUUGGUUCUGUAAUAGGAGGCAAAAAGAGAAGAGAAUUAAUCCCCCGUCCCAAUUAGCUGCCGCUGUUGCUGCUAGUUUGGCAGCCAACGGUAAUAGUUUCACUACAAAAUCGGAGUCUUCCAAUACGCAACAGGGGGGAAUGGGUGCAGCAUCGCAACUUGUCUCCCAGGUUGCAAUCCAAAUACAGCAGCAGCAACAACAGCAUUCGAGUUUGGAUGGACAGUUAUCCUUGCCGGUCGUAGUUUCUUCCGAAAAUUCUGAUACAAAACUUUCGGCACUUUUACAUUCGCAGUCCGCUUGA